AUGCAAAUGCUUUCUUUAAAUUUUUUUAUAUACACCGUUGGCGGUAUAUGGCGACCAGUUGAGUGGUCAUCAAAUGGUGCCAAGCUGCUGUACAAUGUAUUUACCUUUAUUAUAAUAUCUUCGGAAUACUUUUUGGUGUUAACUCAAUUUAUGGAUAUAGUUCUUAUUGUCGACAAUAUCGAUGAUUUUGCUACUAAUACUCUAAUGUUCCUAACUAUUGUUGCCGUAUGUUGUAAAGCGACUGUCAUUGUGGUACGUCGAAAUGCGAUCAUCAACUUAGUGCAAAUAUUAUUGAAAGCACCAUAUAAACCUCGAGAUGAGGAUGAAGUAGCUAUACAAACAAAAUUUGAUAAAUUCAUUAGUACUGCAAAACCGAAUAUCCACACUAAGAAGGUGUUGUGUAUAUGGUGGGAUCAGCAAGGCGUCAUUCAUUACGAAUUGCUCCAACCUGGUGAAACGGUCACUGCUCAACGUUAUCAGCAGCAACUGAUUCGUUUUAGUGACACAUUGGAAGAGAAAAGGCUUUACACCGACAAGGGAAGAAGGAAGAUUAUCUUGCUUCAGGAUAACGCGUGGUUACACACAGCAAAAACAACUUUGAAAACGAUCAUCGACUUGAGCUGGGAAAUUUUAUCGCACCCGGCGUAUCUUCAGACUUCGUCCCUUCAGAUUAUCACCUUUUUAGAUCCUUGCAAUCAUCUGACUGAUACUCAUUUCACUUAUGUCAAGGAUGUCGAGAAAAAUAUGAUCUUAACUAUAAUUUUUGCCACGAUAAUAAAUGUUGGCACGGAAACCUUAGUCUUCGGACUGAUUUUACAAACAUGUGCUCAACUUGAAAUUUUCAAAAGUCGUCUUCACAAGUUUAUAAUUAAAAAGACAGUUACAUAUCUCGGACAUGCACGCUCUUUGUCGAAUGAAGACAAAACAUGGAUAUCGGAAUGUAUACGUCAUCAUCUCAGCAUUUACAAAUACGCCAAAACGGUAAACAUCAUAUUCAACCAAGUACUUUUCGUUCAGUUUUUUAGUAGUAUUUUGGUAUUAUGUACGAGUGUGUAUUAUUUGUCAAUGCAUAUCAAGGAACUGUCUGCAGCUGCAUCCUUAUUAGUAUAUACCAUCUGCAUGUUUGUACAAAUCUUCGUUUACUGCUGGUCCGGAAACGAAGUCAUGCUUAAAAGUAUGAGUAUAGCGGAUGCUAUAUAUCGUAUGAAUUGGCCAUUACUAUCGAUCAACGAAAAAAAAGGAUUGUUGAUGAUCAUGAUACGUAGCACAAUUCCUGUAAAGUUCACUAGCAGCUUCUUGAUAACUCUAUCUCUUCAGUCUUACAGUAACAUCUUGAAAACGUCAUAUUCAGCAUUUAACGUUUUACAAAAGUAAAGUAUAAUAAAUAACCAAAAAUGUGUUUGAAUAUGAUGUAGUUUUUGAUAAAUUAU